AUGCGGGUCUUCAUGCACUGCGAAGGGUGCGCUCGCAAGGUCAAGAGGAUCCUCAAGGGAUUUGAUGGAGUGGAAGAUAUUGUCACAGACUCAAAAGCGCACAAGGUGAUUGUGAAAGGAAAGAAGGCUGCUGCUGACCCAAUGAAGGUGGUACAGCGUGUGCAGAAGAAGACCGGACGCAAGGUUGAGCUUCUGUCGCCGAUGCCUCCUCCGGUGGAGGAGAAGAAGGAAGAGGAGAAAAAGGAAGAGCCAGAGCCACCAAAACCUGAAGAGAAGGAGCCCACAGUGAUAGCCGUGGUCCUGAAGGUCCAUAUGCAUUGUGAGGCCUGUGCACAAGUUAUCAGGAAGAAAAUCCUCAAGAUGAAAGGAGUGCAAUCAGCAGAGCCAGACCUAAAGGCAUCACAAGUGACAGUGAAGGGCGUGUUUGAGGAGGCAAAGCUCGCUGAUUACGUGCGUAAACGCACCGGUAGGAAUGCUGCCAUUGUCAAAGCUGAGCCAGUGGCUCCCCCUGAGAACGGCGGCGACACCGAUGCGAAGGAUGACAAGAAGGCAGCCGAAGGCAGCGAGGAGAAGGGAGAGAGCAAAGAGGAAAAGAAUGAUGGCGAUGACACUGGUGGUGACGAGAAAGAAAAGGAGAAAGAGAAGGACGACAGCAAUGCUGCCGACGCUGAGGAGAAGGACAAGGAGAAAGAUCCCACAGCCAUGGCUGCUGCAAAUCUGUACAUGCAUUACCCAAGAUUCAGCAGCCACCCUGGUGGAUAUGGUGCUCCUGGAUACGCAUACCCAUAUGCGCCGCAGCUCUUCAGCGAUGAGAAUCCAAAUGCUUGCUCUGUGAUGUGA